AUGACAAGCCAGGAGGCUCACGUGAGGCCUACCACGCCCAUCCGACGCAUCUCUCGUGGAUCUCUGUCAGCACUAUCAGCUUCUCGCUCGGGCGCGAACGGCGCACCUCUCGCUCACCUCGAAAGCGUCUUUGGCGAGCUCAGAGAUGCCAUGGAAGACUACUCGAGCCACAUGGCUUCGCUCUGCGAGAUCAACAAUGGUCUCGACAGAUUCAAUCAAGCCUUCGCUGGCUAUCUCUACGGUCUCAAGAUGAACGCUUACACGACAGAAUACAGCGAGGCACCUGCGAAGAUCUCGUACGAGUUAGCAGCACAGCGUCACGCUUCGCAACAGCAAGCGCAGCAGCAGCCCACCGCGGCACAACAGCCGCCACCGAAAGAAGAGCCACCGAGCACAACAGUGACCGCAACGACGAGCGCGCCUGCGCAGAGAGGCAGAGUGACGAGCGGUACACGCGGCAGAGGAGGUGCGCCCAGCUCAGGCAGGAAUGCUGCUGCUGCAGAGAAGAAAGCCCUCGCCGCUUUUGCGGGCACGAUACUCGAUACGCUACCUAUCAAGUACCGCGAACAAGAACCACAUCGGAGCGAGAUGCAGAGCGUGAUCAUCCUGCUCAAGCGAAAGCCAGAGGGCAUGUCAGUCGCAGAAAUCACCGCGUCGGAUCCCAAGAUUGCUAGUCAUCGAGCCAAUCAAUGUCUGCUCGCUCUCGUUGCCGCCAAACACGCGACAAAGUCGACAAAUGGCGGCUUGACCUAUCGACUCAACGCGGCGUAA